AUGUGCUCUCCUCGGGGCACCAGUGCUGUGUCCUGGGAGCAGGCAGGAGGCAGUGGCCGUGAGUGGGAGGCUGCAGACAGGACCUGGGGAGUGGCCCCUUCCUGCCUGGAGGGCGGCUCUGGGUCCCUGCCGCCCACGGAGCCCUGGGUGCCACCGGAGGAGGGCACCCACCCAGGACGGAGGACACUGCUGAUCGUCGAGACCCCCUCUCUGCGUGCCGUGGCUGUCUGGAAUCGUGUUCGGGAGGCUGCGCUCCUAGAGGCAGUGGCAAAAGAGCCCCGGGGAGGGGAGGCCCUGGUCUUCCGCUCCCACCUGCUCCCGGCAGGGCCCCGUUGCCGGCCCUCUGCCAGGGCAGAUGUUGGGGUGUCUCUCUGGCGUACCCUGGGCUGCUACCCUUCCCCGUCCUCCGGGCCCCGCUGGGGGCCCGCGGUCUGGUGCCGCAGCUGCCCUGGGGCCACGAGAUGGGACCAGCGCCAGGGCUCUGGGGAGGCCCAAGGCGAGAUGGGACACAGGAAUUCUACAGGAGAGAAUCUCUUUACAUGUGACACACACGUAGGGAACCUGGUGUCAAAUUUAGACCUGAUUACUCAGCAGCGCUUCUGUGAGGAAAAUAAAUCUUGGCAAUGUAGUGAAUGUGGGAAGUCCUUCUGUGACCAUUCCAUCUUCAUUGGGCAUCAGGGAAUUCACACUGGAGAAAAACUCUUUAUAUGUAAAGACUGUGGGAAAGCCUUCAGCCAGAGCUCAUCCCUUCCAAAGCAUCAGAGAUCUCACACAGGAGAGAAACCCUUUAAAUGUAGUGAGUGUAAGAAAGCUUUCAGCCAGAGCUCAUCACUCAUUGACCACCAGAGAAUCCACACAGGGGAGAAGUUCUAUCAAUGCAGUGAGUGCGGGAAGGCCUUUAACAAGAGCAUGAACCUGACCCAGCAUGCAUGCAUCCAUGCUGGGGAAAAACCCUAUGAGUGCCAUGAGUGUGGAAAGGCCUUCAGCCGCAGCACACACCUGACCCACCAUUGCAGGAUCCACACUGGAAAGAGACCUUAUGAGUGCCAUGAGUGUGGGAAGGCCUUUAAAGAUGCCUCCUCCCUCACUUGUCACAUAUUGAUUCACACAGGAGAGAAGCCCUAUAAAUGUCCUGACUGUGGGAAAGGCUUCAACGGCCUUUCAGGGCUUGUUCAGCAUAAGAAAAUUCAUGCCGGAGAGAAACCUUAUGCAUGCCAAGAGUGUGUGAAAGCCUUCAGCCAGAGCUCAUCUCUGAUAAAACACCUGAGAUUUCAUACAGGAGAGAAACCCUUUAAAUGUAGCAAGUGUGAGAAAGCCUUCAGCCAGAGCUCAUCUCUCAUUUACCAUCAGGCAGCUCGUACUGGAGAGAAGCCCUUCCGAUGUGGAAAAGCCUUCAGCCAUGGCAUACACCUGACUGAACACCUUCAAAUUUACACUGGAGAGAAGCUGUAUGAGUGCAAUGAAUGUGGGAAAGCAUUUACUCGGAGCUCAUUUCUUAUUGACCACCAGCGGAUCCACACUGGAGAGAAACCCUAUGAAUGCAACAUCUGUGGGAAGGCCUUCAUCAAGAGCUCCUCCCUCACCAAGCACCUGAGGACUCACUCUGGAGAGAAGCCACUCACACAGGAGGAGAAACCCUAUGAGUGUGAUGAGUGCAGGAAGGCUUUCAACAAGAGCACACACCUGACCCAGCACACAUGCAUCCACACUGGGGAGAAGCCCUAUGAGUGCUGUGAGUGUGAGAAGACCUUCAGCCACAACACACACUUGACCCAGCAUCGCAGGAUUCACACUGGAGAGAGACUCUAUAAAUGCAAUGAAUGUGGGAAGGCCUUUGCUGAUACCUCGUCCCUUUCUAGACACCUCUUUGUUCACACUGAAGAGAAACCCUAUAGAUGUAAUGAAUGUGGAAAGGCUUUAGUGGCCCCUCAGUGGCCUUUAGUGGCUUAUUCACUGCACAAUGCCCAUGCCUAG